AUGUACGAAGACGAGAUCUACCGCACGUCUUCACAAUACCGCCUCUGGUCAUUUACCGAAGAAUCCCUCCACACAAUACGCGCCAACACCAACGCAGUCGCCAGUGAGCGUGUCAGGGCCGCAUUACGGCGGUCGACAACGGACGCGAAACAUACCACCCCGCGGUCGGGGAGCGGUACGCCAAACCCAGCUGGCGAUGCAGAUGAUAGUAGCAAUAAAACACCAGAGAUGGCGGGGAAGAAUGGGGAGCAAACUGAGAGGGAGAUUGAGUGCUUGACGCCUGAAGAGGAGCUGGAGUUGGUGAGGUAUUAUUGCGAGAAGACCAUGGAAUUGGGGGAUGAGUAUAAGCCGCCCCUGCCAACGGUUGUUAGGGCUACCGCAAUCCAAUAUCUCCGCCGUUUCUAUCUCAGCAAUUCCCCAAUGACCUACCACCCCAAAUCCAUCAUGCCCUGCGCCCUCUUCCUAGCUACAAAGACAGAAAAUUACUACAUGUCCCUACGCUCAUUUGCAGAGCACAUCCCAAACUCGACACCAGAAGAUAUCAUCGCACCCGAAUAUCUCCUCACUCAGGGACUGCGCUUCACAUUUGAUGUCCGCCACCCAUUCCGCAGCCUGGAAGGCGGGAUAAUGGAAUUAGGAGCCAUUGCGAAUGGCAACGGGGCUCCAGGGCCAUACCAUCCAGAGCAAGUGAGCGCCGGUCUGCAACAAUCGAUACUCUCACUUCCACCCCCUCCUCCAUCUCCCGCAAACCCAAAUCCAAAGGAGGUUCUCAUAAGCUCCCGUCUAGCUAAGGCGCACCAUAAUGCACGCGAAAUCCUACGCUCCGCCGCGCAAAUGACGGAUGUAUAUUUCCUCUAUACACCGUCUCAAAUCUGGCUCUCUGCCCUCCUCCUGGUCGAUAAACCACUAGCCCAAUUCUACAUAGACACAAAACUCGUCCCAACCGAUCCGCAAGUAGCAGCAAACGCAGCAGCAGCAGAACCACGCCUAGACUCCCCAGCCACAAAAAUGUUCGCAUCCCUCCGGGCUAAACUGUCUCUCGUUCUCGACUCCUGCUCCACCUCCCUCUCCACCUACCAAACUAACCACACCCCCGCAACCACGCCAGCCACGAUGAAGAACCUCAAACGUAUUGGGAAGAAGUUAUACCAUUGUCAGAAUCCGGAGAAGAUGGAUUUGAAAAGCCUAAGUCGCGCCGCGAGGCGGGAGGGUUCCUCUGCGGCUUUGUCAAUGCAAGGCGUUUCGGGGCCUGUGGAUACGGACACUGUUGCGGCUGCGGGUGAUGUAACUGCUGGUGCCGAUGCUGUUGUUGAUGCUAGCACUAGUGCUAGUGCUGAAGCGGGUGCUGGUGUUGGGAGUGAGGAGGAUGCGGAGCUGCAGCGGGCCGCGAAGAAGCGGAAACUGGAGAGGGAGAAAUUUGAGAAGGAAGGGGGGAUUCUCUUUGGAGGGGAUUUGAUGGAGGAGAGGAAGAGGAUUAAGGAUGUGUAG